CUGAUUACCUGCUGGAAAUACUCUGCAGUGUCAACAAUGAACUCCUUGUUGACGUUAUUUUUUUCUGGAAUAGUUGCCUGUUGUGCUUGGUCUACCGGUGAUUCAGUAUCCAGGUUACUCCUCGUGUCCUUUGAUGGCUUCAGAGCUGAUUACUUGGAAACCUAUAAGCUUCCUCAUCUUCAGGAGUUCAUUGCGGAUGGCGUGCUUGUAAAAGAAGUUACGAAUGCUUUUAUCACCAGGACUUUCCCAAACCAUUAUACCAUAGUGACGGGUUUAUACGAAGAAAGCCAUGGCAUCGUGGCUAAUGACAUGUACGAUGCAGACAGAAAGAAAAAGUUCUCAUGGUUCAACGAUUCAGAUCCCUUCUGGUGGAAUGAGGCCGUUCCAAUUUGGGUAACGAAUCAACAGCAGGGAAAUGGAGCAAGUGCUGCUGCGAUGUGGCCCGGUACCGAUGUAAAAAUUAACAAUGUGACCCCUCACUUCUUCAUGAAAUACAACUUUUCAGUAACAUUUGAGGAGAGAGCGGAGAAAAUCGUUGCGUGGCUGAACAGCUCCGAUCCAGUCGUCAGUUUUGCUACGUUAUACUGGGAAGAACCGGAUGCAAGCGGGCACAAGUAUGGACCAGAUGACACUGAGAACAUGCGCAGAGUGUUGGAAGAAGUGGAUAAUCACGUUGGUUUUCUUACUAGGAAAUUGAAGGCGUUAGGUUUGUGGGACACCCUUAAUAUCAUCAUAACAAGUGAUCAUGGAAUGACCUCCUGCUCUGCAGAAAAGCUGAUUAUCCUGGAUGGCUGCAUUGGUCGCAAUAGCUACACGCUGAUAGACAAGAGUCCAGUUGCUGCAGUCCUGCCAAGGCAAAACAAGAGAGAAGUGUAUAACUUACUGAAAAACUGCAGCGAUCACAUGAAAGUGUAUCUCAAAGAAGACAUUCCAGACAGAUUUCAUUACCGUCAGAAUAAGAGGAUUCAACCCAUAAUUCUGGUUGCAGACGAAGGCUGGACAAUUGUGCAGAACGAGUCACUUGUAAAAUUAGGUGACCAUGGCUACGACAACGCUCUCCCCAGCAUGCACCCGUUCCUGGCUGCUCGCGGGCCCGCGUUUCGUCGGGGUUACAAGCAGAGCACAAUGAACAACGUCGAUAUUUACCCCAUGAUGUGCCACGUCCUGGGCCUGACGCCGCGGCCGCACAACGGCACUUUGAGUAACGCCAAGUGCUUGCUCGCGGAUCAGUGGUGCAUAAAUCUUCCAGAAGCCGUUGGGAUCGUUAUUGGGGCUCUUAUGAUACUGACUACUUUCACCUGCAUUAUGAUCAUCUCCAAGAGGAGAGCAGCUCCCCCGCGGCCGUUUUCCCGACUUCAGUUACAAUACGACGAUGACGACCCGUUAAUUGGAUAG